UCCGGAGCACGGCCCGCGGCCGCUCGGCGGCGGGGAGCCGCGGCGAGGCGACGGCGGCGGGGGAAGCAGCCAUGUUGGAGCGGGGAAUUCAGUGACUGGCCUCGGGGAGGCGGCGCGGCCGGCGGCGAACGGGGGGGAGGCGGGAGGGGGGCUCGGCUCCCGGCAGCGGCGGCGGCGCCCGGACACCGCUCCAGGGCGGAGGAGGGGAAGGAGAAAGGGGCAGAGGAACCGGCCCCGGCCCCGCGGAGCCCCGGCGCUGCUGGCUUCCUUAAGCCAGACUUAAUAUUGAUAGAAUGAAAAAGUUUAAGAGAAGACUUUCCUUAACCUUGCGUGGAAGCCAGACCAUUGAUGAAUCAUUGUCUGAGCUAGCAGAACAAAUGACAAUUGAAGAGAACAGCAGCAAAGAUAAUGGUGUGAGUAAUAAUGGAAGGAUCAGCUACAGUAAAGUGCAACCAAUUGUGAAGAAUGGCAGGCCUCCAACGUCUCACAGCAUGCACUCAUUUCUCCACCAAUACACAGGAUCUUUCAAGAAGCCCCCUUUACGGAGACCACAUAGCGUCAUAGGGGGCAGCCUCGGCUCUUUCAUGGCAAUGCCCAGAAAUGGGAGCAGAUUAGAUAUUGUUCAUGAAAAUCUGAAAAUGGGGUCAGAUGGUGAAAGUGACCAAGCUUCUGGAACAUCAUCUGAUGAAGUUCAGUCUCCCACAGGUGUUUGUCUCAGAAACCGGAUACACAGACGAAUCUCAAUGGAGGAUUUGAACAAGCGUUUGUCCCUGCCUGCUGAUAUCAGGAUACCUGAUGGCUAUCUUGAAAAGCUGCAGAUUAACAGCCCGCCGUUCGAUCAGCCCAUGAGCCGACGUUCUCGUAGAGCUUCACUAUCCGAAAUUGGAUUUGGAAAAAUGGAAACCUAUAUCAAGUUAGAAAAGCUUGGAGAGGGUACUUAUGCAACAGUUUAUAAGGGGAGAAGUAAGUUGACAGAGAACCUGGUAGCUCUGAAAGAAAUUCGCCUGGAACAUGAAGAGGGAGCACCGUGUACAGCUAUAAGAGAAGUGUCAUUAUUAAAAGAUCUGAAGCAUGCGAAUAUUGUUACGUUACAUGAUAUUGUUCACACAGACAAGUCUUUGACUCUUGUUUUUGAAUAUCUGGACAAGGAUCUGAAGCAGUACAUGGAUGACUGUGGUAACAUCAUGAGUAUGCACAAUGUAAAGCUGUUUUUAUACCAGAUUCUUCGUGGUUUGGCUUACUGUCAUAGAAGAAAGGUGUUGCAUCGAGAUCUGAAGCCACAAAAUCUACUAAUUAAUGAGAAAGGAGAACUGAAGCUAGCAGACUUUGGAUUGGCUAGAGCGAAGUCUGUUCCUACGAAGACUUAUUCCAAUGAAGUUGUCACGUUAUGGUACAGACCACCUGAUGUUCUCCUUGGAUCUUCAGAAUAUUCAACUCAAAUAGACAUGUGGGGUGUUGGAUGCAUAUUUUUUGAAAUGGCAUCAGGAAGGCCUCUCUUCCCUGGUUCAACUGUUGAAGAUGAGCUGCACUUAAUUUUCAGGCUUCUAGGAACCCCAUGUCAAGAAACAUGGCCAGGUAUUUCUUCCAGUGAUGAAUUUAGAAACUACAACUUCCCUAAAUAUAAACCACAACCCCUAAUCAACCAUGCACCAAGGCUAGACACGGAAGGAAUUGAAUUGAUAGCGAAGUUCCUUCAAUAUGAAUCAAAGAAGAGAAUUUCAGCAGAAGAGGCCAUGAAACAUGCAUACUUCAGAAGUCUUGGAACAAGAAUACAUACUUUGCCUGAAAGUGUUUCUAUAUUCAGUCUAAAAGAGAUUCAGCUGCAAAAAGACCCUGGCUUUCGAAAUUCCACUUACCCAGAGACAGGACAUGGGAAGAACAGAAGGCAGAGCAUGCUUUUUUAAAGUGGGCGGUGCAGAGUCAAGCCCAAGCCUAUCCUAUCAAUCAAGGACUUGGAUCUGAAGGCAGUGCUCUCUUUUGGUGGACUUGGAAUCGCAGUUUGUCUACACUGUCCUCUUCACAGUGGAGUCUUUUUAUUUCCAACCUGCAGAUUAUGUUUUUAUAUUUGUUGUCACAGUGUGACAAUUUUUUGUACAGUUGGUUUUAAGGUCUCCUCUGCCACUAGAGCCAGUAGGUUACAGCUGUUGAUGUAACUGUAGCUGCAAUUUUUGUGCAGGACUGAGAAACACAGUGCAUUAUUUAUUGCGGAAUCAUUGCUGCUAAAUAACUACUGUCUGUAUAGUUAACACAACAGUUCCAUGCCUGAAGAAGUUGCAAUGGCUUUAUAAUAUGUGAAUGCAUCUGUUUCUCUUCAUAAAACGUUCUACUGCUGCGGGUUUUUUUGUAUUUCUUAAACUGCAGUGUUUCCUGGAAUGUAAACAUAGCUUUGCUUGGCUAUAGGUGAACCAUCUUUAAUGCUCUAAGUUCAUGGCACUUAAUUCCUUAUUUAACAUUGGAAGUAUGUGUUGAAAUAGUUGAAAAAUUAUAAUGCAUAUUAUGUUUUUGAAAAGCACAUGGUGUGAAAGUUGAUUCAAACAAGUGAAAAGUAAUUAUUAUUUGCUCUCAGAUCCUAUAUUAGUUAUUGAUAAAUUAGAGCAUGGAGACUGGAUAAUAAAUUUUGUCAGGCUCACUCCAGCAUAUUUGCACAUUGUUGUGCAUAUGAGACCUGACAGAAGCAAUGACUUUUUUUACCUUGUUUUUAACUUAGAAAUACAAAUAGUAAAAAAAAAAAAAAAAAAAAGGAAAGAAAAAAAAAAGAAAAGAAAAAAGAAAAAAAAAGAUUCAUAUAUGUUGGACCCUGGCUUAAUUUUGAAAUUUUGGAUCUUUUCAUUACAGAGAAACAGGACGACUAAUUACAAGAACAUGGGAAUAAUGUCACACUUUUCCCACCCUGUUGCUCUCCCAUUUGUGCAUUAUUCACUUGAAAUCAACUGGAAAGAUGCAAGUUUGUACUUGAUAAGAACUCACUAUACUACAGAACUUUUAAAAUGGGAACUUAGAGAGUUUCUCAGAUCUUAGACGUUAUCUGUUUACCAGAGAUAGUAAACAUGUUACUACUAUGCUUAUGCAUCUCAGUGAGUAUCAUAAGUACACCCUUGGUGAUGGUUACAGUAUUUUUAAGCAUUUGUGUUCACCUUUAUGAACCUAUUUGUUUAGUGCAUCUUAAAGAGACUGUAAAUCUUUAUUGGUAUAUUUUGAAAUGGUCAUGUAAAUCUUUGGCUGGUAUAUCAUGGAAAUAGUCAUAGGUAACUUAAUUUUUCCUGACAUUCACUGUAAAACAUUCAGGGGUCCUACCAUUUCUGUUCAGGAAAUCUUGUAGUUUAUUGUUAUUUAACAGUAUUAAGUGAAUUUUUGUAUAUUUCAUUUUAACUUUAUUUGUGAAUAGUGAUUGUGGCAUGUUUGGGGGUGUUUUAUUAAUAUUUCAUUGAUACUGGUAAAUUUGAAUUGGGAUUUUUUUUUUUUAUUUUCUGGAAGAGAGAAGUUAAUGUGUAAUGGUGACUAUUGGACCACUACUGCUUUUCAGCAUUUGUAAACCAGUUUUACGUUAAAUCUUGUAGACCUAACAAACUGCUGUUAUUUCUAACUGACCGACCUGUAUUAAUAUUGUACUUUUGAAAGUAUAAAUAUUAUGUGGAAUUCUUUGGUUUUGUUUUGAAAUUUAUAACGACAAAGGCCCUGUGCUGUUAAAAAUACAGACUAAGUGAACUUGCAGUUCUUGGGGCAUUGUUGAAAACUUAGCUAGAUCUGUGUGUUGUGGGAGUCAUCAGUUUUAACUCUAGCUGCUUAUGAAUUCAUGCAACCCAGAAGUAGUGGCAGCGAAGGUGGUAUCACUCAUCUGCAACUGAGGCCGUUCAGGAUCUUAUCAUAAACAUGGUCCAUAGUCUAAUUGUUAGCGGUGAAGUCCUGCAUGUCACGUGGAAUCAGGAGUUUUGCCUAGCUCUAGGAAGGUAAGGUGUGUCUCAGAUGCAUGGAUUUGAAAUCCCACUGAUACCAGCGGGAGUGUCGUGUGUGUCAGAGGCAGAUUUGGCACUGAUUGAAAAACCUUUGUCCUGAAAUAGUUGUUAUAUAUAUUUUUAUAGUUGGAUCUGAUCUAGAUUUUAUACUGAUUAACUUUGUAGGAAAUACAUUGUAGAUGUAAUGGUGUUGAAGAAAGGAGUAUCAAAAAAACAUCUUUUUUUUUCUACAGAAGUAGUGAAGAUAUAGAGUAAAUGUUCACUGUGGAUAAAUGUGGGAUUUAGCAUUUCUAGAACAGUAAUAUUUUCUAGGUCAUAAAAGAACAAGAAAUAAUGUGACACUAAUGAGUAAAGGACUUAAAGGUUUAACUGGUAAAAUGAAGUGCAUUAACAAAUUUAGAAGGGGAUCAGCUGCAGCUAACAAAAGGAGAUUUCCAUUUUGGGUAGGAAUUUGGUUUUGUUGUUACAGAUGAAAAGAUCUUCCAUAAAAUUGAAGCACUCUGAAUAUAAAGAGAUUUUUCUAAGGAUCUACAAAUGAAUUGGUUUGCUUCACUAGGAGGUAGCUUUAACGAAUGUAUUUUUUAAGAAAUUUGGCAUCUGUGGUCAAGCCAGUUUUGUUGGGGUCUCUCUCUUUUUUUUUUUUUUUUGGUCCAUAAUUGAAAUUCCUGCAUCAGCAGAGACAAUUCUGUGGCAGAUGCCUGUUUGGGGCAGUAGUCAGUGAGUAUGAAGUCACUGGGCAUUUCUCUGACAUCAUUUUUGUGCGAUUCAGUGUUCCCGUCCCCUGUCUGACAGCAUCAGGCAGUAUAGGCUUGGUUUCACUGUCACCGAGCAUGUAGCGAGUGCUGACCGUUCUGGGAGGAGCCCUCAGCCAUGGUGAACAUCAAGCAGAUGCUCACUAAAUUUGGAUGAUUGACAAGAUUUGGUUAUGACAGCUUCUGCUUGAGGAUGGGUGAUCAGUUAAUGAGAAAUGGCCUGCAAGUAGUUGCUGAUUUAAAAUAGUUAUUUGUAGAGGAUAUGCCCAUUGUACCCCAUCUACCCAGAGGUGGAAAGGCCAAGGUGUGUGUAUAGGUGUGUGUAGGAAAAAAAGUGGAUUCGAAGACAGGAAAGAAGCAGGUGGUCAUGAGGUGGUGUGCACAUGCAGAUGAAGGCUGAAGAGGAGAAAGGGUGGGUGGAGGGUUGGGAAUUUACAGGCCAGGAAAGAGUGGGAGAUUGAAAGGGACAAACCAGCUGCUCAGCAAUGCUCUAGUGAAACAUGCAUCUCAACACAGCUGUGUUAUUUUUGUGCAGCUUUACCACAGCAUUAAGUAGCCAGAGUGUAUCCCUGAAUUGGGCAAUAAAAGUUAAAAUAAACAAUUAUUAAAGAA